AUGGGGUCUUCGGUGCUCUGGGUUCUGCUGGAGUGUGUCUGCAGGGUGCUCGGCGUUUCCACGGCGGCAGUGCUGUGUGCGGUGGGGAUCGAGACCUUGAACCAAGGAAAAUUCCAGAACCUGGCUGUGUACCUCCUAGUAUCUUCCGGGGGCGUGUCCGUACUGGAGGUGUCCUACUUCGUUGACAGUCUCCUGGUGACAUGCCUGCCCUGCCCUCCGAAGUGGAUUAUCUUUGUUUUGUGGAAGAAGCUGUCAAAUCUUGGAGGCUUCCAGAAGUUCCUCUAUUACACCAUAAUGGCGGUGGUGUGUUUUUUGCACCCAGUGCUUGCGUGGCAUGCAGUCAUCCCAGGGACCAUGUUGCUGGUUACCGGCGUGGCCUACUUCAUCCUGAGCAAAAACAAAUCAUCAGCAAAGGCAGGCAGCAACCCCGAGACCUGUGCCCCAGACACCAGGGCUAUGGGGCCUUCCUACUCCAUACUCCAUCUGGCAGGAGGCAGAAGGCCCAUGGUAUCGCCGUAUUGGGAGCGGGGGGGCAAAGACGGCUCACAGGCCGAGGCGGGAGUCACCGGAAGGGCAUUGGGACGGGGAUCCAGCGGAGUGCUUGCCCACCAGUGCUUCAGAGAGAGCAAGACCGGUGACACGCAGGAGGAUAUAGAGAUGCAGGAGUAUGAGACCUCGGACAAGGCCCCCAUGGUCAGAAUGUGA